AUGCCUAUAACUGACGACAUUGAAAGUAACCCCGAGCUAUAUGGGUUACGUCGUUCUGGACGUGUAAGAACGAAGACUGAGACCUACAAUUUUUCAGAUGAAGACGAGGAUGAAAUAAAGCCAAGAAAGCGUAAACAGAAACAAGUCAUAGGAUCCGAUGAAGAAAAUGAUGAAUAUUCUUCCAAAAGCAGCAGAUUUGACGUUGACGGUGAUGAUGAUGACGACGAUGAUGACUUCUACGCAACUAAAAAAUCCAAAAAGUCACUGAAAAUCCGGAAGACAAAGUUGAAAAAGAAGUUGAAAAUUUCGUCAAAAGAGUCUGAAAGUGCCAGACUGGCGGCACAAGCAAUUAGAUUUUCAAGUCGUAACAAUAAUAAAAGUAUAAAUUACAACGUGGACGAUGGAAAUGAUGAUGAUCUUCUGGAAAGUGGUUCAGAUAACGCGUAUGAUUAUGAUGAUGAUGAUGAUGAUGAAGGCCGUCCCUACGAUUACGAAGAUGAUGAUGAUAGUUCAGCAAGUGAUCAAGCCGUCACCAUUGAUUUGGUUUCGGAAAGAAGGAUCCAAUUAAAAGAAGUUUACGAGCAUGGUGACCCGAAGAAAGACUUUGAAUAUUUAAUAAAGUGGUUAGAUGUUGCGCACAUACAUAAUACAUGGGAAACGUAUGAAUCGUUGAAAGAAAAAGGAUUGAAAGGCUUCAAAAAAUUGGACAAUUACAUCAAUCAAUAUAUUAUCCAAGAUCGUGAAUAUAGAAAUGAUCCUUUCGUUACUAGAGAAGAUAUUGAGCAGUUAGACAUCGAAGAAGAGACAAGACAUGAGAAUUUUGAAGAGUACAAAAAGGUUGAUCGAAUCAUUGACAGUGAGAGAGUCACAACUGAUAGUGGAGAGUCUGCUUUGAAGUAUUUUGUCAAAUGGAAACGAUUAAAUUAUGAUGAGUGUACCUGGGAGUUGGCAUCAGAAAUUGCGCCUAUCGCUCCUACGCAGGUCAAAAAUUUCCAACAUCGGCAAAGUUCGAAGAUUCUACCAGCAAAUUCAGCAUCCUAUGGUACAAAUAGACCCAAGUUUGAGAAAUUAACAGCUCAACCCGCAUUCAUCAAAAAUGGUGAAUUAAGAGAUUUCCAACUGACUGGUUUGAACUGGAUGGCGUUUUUAUGGUCCAGAGAUGAAAAUGGUAUCCUUGCCGACGAGAUGGGUUUGGGGAAAACUGUUCAGACCGUUUCGUUUUUGUCUUGGUUGAUAUACGCCAGAAGGCAAAAUGGUCCGCAUUUAGUUGUUGUUCCAUUAUCUACUGUUCCUGCAUGGCAAGAAACUUUUGAGAAAUGGGCUCCUGAUGUCAAUGUUAUUUAUUACAUGGGCAAUACAAAAGCUAGAAAAACGAUAAGAGACUAUGAAUUUUUUAUCGACAACAACAAGAAAAAGCCAAAAUUCAAUGUUUUACUCACCACUUAUGAAUAUAUUUUGAAGGAUAGAUCUGAGCUCGGAAGUUUUAAGUGGCAAUAUUUAGCUGUUGAUGAAGCACAUAGAUUGAAAAAUGCAGAAAGUUCAUUAUACGAAUCAUUGUUUGAAUUCAAAAUUGCCAACAGGCUGCUAAUUACUGGUACUCCAUUGCAAAAUAAUCUAAAAGAGUUGGCUGCACUAUGCAACUUCUUGAUGCCUGGAAGGUUUGACAUGGAUCAAGAAAUUGACUUUGAUACACCCAAUGAUGAAGCAGAAAGUUACAUAAAGGAUUUGCAAAACAAGAUCAAACCAUAUAUUUUGAGAAGAUUGAAAAAGGAUGUUGAAACUUCUUUGCCCGGUAAGACCGAAAGAAUUUUGAGGGUUGAAUUAUCUGAUACGCAAACUGAUUAUUACAAAAAUAUUUUGACGAGGAACUAUGGUGCAUUGAAUCAAGGCAUUAAGGGUUCCCAGUUUUCACUCUUGAAUAUUGUUGCUGAGUUGAAAAAAGCUUCAAACCAUCCAUAUCUUUUUGACGGGGUUGAAGAUAAAGUGUUAUCAAAUUUUGGAUCCACUAGAGAGAAUAUCUUGAGGGGUCUAAUCAUGUCUUCUGGUAAAAUGGUUUUAUUGGAUCAGUUACUAAACAAGCUACGUAGAGAUGGCCAUCGGGUUUUGAUCUUUUCGCAGAUGGUUCGAAUGCUUGACAUAAUCGGUGAUUAUCUACAACUCAAAGGUUUGAGUUUCCAAAGGUUGGAUGGUACAAUUAAUUCUCACAAAAGACGAAUUUCCAUUGACCAUUUUAAUGCUAAAGACUCCAGGGACUUUGUGUUUUUAUUAUCAACUAGAGCUGGUGGUUUGGGUAUCAAUUUGAUGACUGCGGAUACCGUGAUUAUCUUUGACUCGGAUUGGAAUCCACAGGCAGAUUUGCAAGCAAUGGCUAGAGCCCAUAGAAUUGGACAGAAAAACCAUGUUAUGAUAUAUCGGUUUGUUUCCAAGGACACGAUUGAAGAGCAAGUGUUAGAAAGAGCAAGAAGAAAGAUGAUCUUAGAAUAUGCUAUCAUAUCGUUGGGAAUUACUGAUAAAAAAGUUUCAAGUGCCAAGGCUGACCCAUCCACUGGAGAAUUGAGCGAGAUCUUAAAGUUCGGUGCUAGUGCGAUGUUUCAGAAGAAAGAUAAUCAAAAGAAGUUGGAAAAUUUUGAUUUGGAAGCAGUUCUUAACCAUGCUGAAGAUCACGUAACUACUCCCGAUUUAGGAGAAUCUAAUUUGGGAAGUGAGGAGUUCUUGAAACAGUUUGAGGUUACGGAUUAUAAGGCAGAUAUUGAUUGGGAUGACAUUAUUCCUGAAGAUGAAUUGAAGAAAAUCAAAGAAGAGGAACAAAAGAGAAAGGAAGAAGCUUUCCUCAAAGAGCAAAUAGAAAUGUCAAGUAGAAAGCGGAAGGCUGCAAUAAAGACUGAAUAUCAAGAUGAACAAGACGAUGACGACAACACUAAUGAUGCUCCUGACAGAAAACGUGGGCGGAAAUUAGAUAUGAACAAAUUAACUGAGGCACAAGUCAGGAGUGUCUAUAGAGCGAUUUUGAGAUUCGGUGAUGUUGGUGUAAGAGUUGAAGAAUUGAUUGCGGACGGUACAUUACCUAAUAAAAAUCCAGAAGUUGUGAAAAAAUGCUAUGAUGAAAUGUUUAAGAAAUCUAAGGAAUUGGUUGAAGGCGUUGAGAGCAAACGUUCUGCUGAGCUCAAAGUUUUGGAAGAAAGUGCAGCUGAAGAGAGACAGAAGAUUUCACAACUGCCGCCCAAUGCCGAUGGGGCUCCUUAUCCAACUCCAAAUAUGCAAGCUUUGAAUGCUAAGAAAAAGGAGAAGAGAGCCGUGUUGUUUGAUUACGGUGGAUGUCGUAAUUUGAACGCCGAAACCGUUCUUGCUAGACCUGUUGAAUUGGAAGUGCUACGGAAGUAUAUACCCAGUGAGGAUAUCAUGAAAUUCAAAUUUAGGGUCGACCCGAAAGUUGUGCAUGGAUGGUCAUGUGAUUGGAGCGCUGAAGAUGAUAGACAUUUGUUGAUCGGAAUCUACAAAUUUGGAUAUGGGUCCUGGAUACAGAUCAGAGACGAUCCGAUUUUGAAUUUACAAAACAAACUAUUUUUGGAAAGUGCACCUUCAACUGCAAGCAAAGAAGAAAAAGACAGAAUCAACAAACGAAUCCCUGGUGCUGUGCACUUGGUUCGAAGAGCUGAUUAUUUGCUCAACUUCUUGAACGACACAAUUAAUUUACCAGCCAAGCAUGAGAAGAAGGAUUCUGUAUCGGCUGCCUCUACACCACCUGCUGGUAAGAAGGUCGGCAGAAAGCGUGGGCCCAAGAAAUCUAUGACACCUGACAAUGGCGAUAGUAAGCAAAAUGGCAACGGGCCUGGCAGCAACAAAGAAAACGGUAACGGUCUGAAGAAGAAAGAUAGUACCGAGUUGCUGAAUAUUUCCAAUACAUCUGCCUCUUCUCCAUUGAAUAGGGUUGCUUAUGCUGCUGGGGGAAAACGUGGUAACACUGGCAAUACACACCCAUUGCUAACCCCUGUUGCAAGUGAUCUAAAAAUAUGGAUGUCCAAGGGUAAAGGGAUGGACAAGAGUGAAUGGGCCAACAAAUUGAAAGCUUCAUUGCUCAACAUUGGUCGUUGCAUUGAGGAUGUUUCUCAAAAUAAGCAAGGACUGAACCAGGAACUAUGGAUGGAGGCAUGCAAGUCUUGGCCAAAGAAAGGUGUGAAGGCUGAAGAUAUUAAGCGUGUGUAUUUCAAGAAGGUGAAACACGUGAAAUGAUCGAUGCAAGCUGUAACUACAUAUAUUGAUGUAUAGUGAUCCGAUUGAUAGAAAUAAUAAAACGAAUUUUGAGUAAAAUGUUUUAUCUACCGAAAAUCGCCCUAUUUGGAAUACUUUUACUUAAAUCGAC